AAUACGUGGGUGAAAAGACGUUGGAAUUGGAACAUACAAGUAUGAAAAUAAUUGGCGCGCAAUGUUUGUCUCCCAAGGCAGCGCUGAGUGUCCGCCUCUGAACAUUCGUAAGUGUGUUGCGCGUCAUCCGUACCUUGCAAGUGGCUCUCGGCACGGUUGCCUGUCCAGGGAAAAUUGGAUAUGACACCAGAAAAAGAAACCACGAUGUCUAGCGAGGACUGCUUAGAAUUUAUUCUGGAAGACGACACCCCGGCUGCAUAUGCCACGGCGCCUCCAAGUGGCGUUUUGAGUGUGCAUAUCAAGCUUGUUCGGGACAUAGAUGAGGGUCAUAUUUCGGUGACCGAACCGGAGCUCUAUGUACGGAUCAAGGUUGGGUCUUUUGUCAAGAGCACUCAACCAGUCAUAGUUGAGAAAGACGCCAAGGUGGUCUUGGAUGAUCUCAAACACUUCUCACUUCAAAUUCCAAGGAAGCGAUCUGAUCCCUCUAAUGAGGUUCGCUUUGACUUGAUCGUUGUCGAGAGUCCCCAUGUGCACAGGAUUGUGGGUCAUAAGGACAUGCAUCUGUACGACAUCAUUAAGAACCUGUUCGUUGCAGGGUCAUAUGAUUUUCAAUACAGACACAAAACAGUUGCCAUGGUUGACCUGGAGAUGUGCUUCGCUUACGGUAUCUUUGGGUACGGAUGCUGCCAUCAGCUUCAGAAUAGACAGAAGAAGAUUUCUGACGUCGUUGGCCACUCAUUACUUCUACGCGUGGAGUCCCCAGAAUCAAGAUGCCAGCCAAACGCUGGCCAUGUGAUGACGGCCAUGCCAGUUGGACAUCCUGAGUUCAUCAACUUCCAAGCCAAAGCUGAAAUCGGGCCUUCAUCGGGGGAUAUCAGAGCAGAAGUUAGCACGAAGAGCCUUUUCUCGGGACUCGAGUUGCAAGAGCCCAUUGUCCUUACUCGGACAAUGAGAAAGAGACUGCAUAAGAUACAGACCGAUUAUGCGCAGCAAGAAAGCCGUAUGCAACGGAAGAGGUUUCUUGAAAGACUUGUGCUCCGUCACAUUCACGAUCAUCAUGCUAUCGAAACUGGUGAAGACAAAACGCGAGAAGAGGAUGCUGCAGGGCCUUCAGGAGCAGGUCCCACGCCUGCUGAAAACGUAGCUGUGGAUGCCGAGACCUAUGGCACCGAUAGCGACUACGCAGAGUCUGCAACCGACUUAAGCGAACUGAUGUCAUCCAUGUUAAUGAAUGCACCAGGACUGGUCAGCAGAGCACCCGCACGUUGGAUGCCACAACCAUCUCUGUUUAGCAUUGGGGAGGAAACAACUGACGUGGAUUCAACAGCUAGUGAUAUUGAACCAGCGCCCUCCAUGCAGAGCUCUGAAAAUGAAACGAAAAAAUCCAGCUUCCAUGAACCUGCCAAAGAGGAGAGAAGACGCAGCACCCUUGCCGAGUUACCAGGCCUCUUGGUUAGGUCGUUCGCCAAUCGGCUUUCGGCCUGGAGGACAUCUCGCAGUCGGCCUUCCCAACAGAUAACACCUGUUGUGGUCACAGAUGAUGGGCAGGUCUCGCAAUCUAUGAGCAGGGGGGCCAUCUCAAUGUCAAGGUUCAGAAGCAGACUGACUACACAAGACUAGGAACAUUGUUGACUUGAAAAGUACAUGUAGCUCCAAAGGUCAUGCCUCAGUAAUUCUGAAAGUCGCCUGGCUCAGAUGAAACUCUUUUAAAAGAGUGGAUGUCUUUAAAUUUGUCCAUGUGGUGGGGGAAGUCUAUCCAAAGGCAUUGUGAGGGCAACUGUCCAAAGGUAUGACGAGGGGAGCUAUUAACAAAGUUCUGAUAUUCAUGGCACUCUGUGGCGUAAUACUGGGCAGCAAAAUGGGCACAAACCAGGAGGAUGGGUAAAACUUUGUACAUGCCCAUUGUGUCGCCUUACUUAGGCAACUGAUGACAGUAAAUCUCAGAGUUAAAUAUCAGUAUUUAGUUUUGAAUAACAAUUUUCCCCAUUUGAGGUUACACUCUAUAAACGUAUAAACUCAAGAUAGUUAUUUAGUGGAAAGCACUGUUAGUUUUAAGAAAACCCGUCUUAGUUACAUACUGAAAUCUAAAUGACGCGUUCAAAGACAAACACAAAUUCCUAGCAGUCUCGAAUAAACUAAAACGUCUUUAUUUAAUGAAAAAUAGUACAAGCUCGAAGUAACUAUUCCAAAUGGUCACGAUUUGCUCAGAAGUAAAAAGUCUAUGUUUCCCUUUCAUAUGCUAGUAGUGAUAUUUUCAGAGGUAAAAAAAAGCAAAGCUUUUAUGGCAGUAACGUGCUCAAUGACCACUAGGCCUUUGGCGCAGUGUGCGGGAAGUGCAAUACAUGUACAUUAAUUUAGAUUUUUUUUUCGGUUCAAUUGUUUACGAUGUUGACAACAUCCUGUGUUGAAAGUAAAUGACGUCUGGCCUAGUAUAAAACAGGGCGUAACACUUCAAAAACUGUGGUGUUAAAAACAACACUUUUAGUGUUAUCAGAUGACAACACCAAACAGUGUUACUUUAACACCGCUGGUGUUACUUUACACACCUACAGAUGUUACAGUGCACUGGAGGGUGUUGAAAUGAACACUACCAAUGCCGAACUAACACCAAAAAUUUUAACAACGGUUAAAAGUGUUGGCAUGGUCCUCUGAUAACACCCAUGUAACACCCCUGUUUUCGCAGUGUAGUUUUUGACAAAUAACUCAAACGCUCUAUCUCAGUGCUGUCAUGAAUUAAAAAGUUUCAAAAUAAACGUGCUCUGGAUCAGAACUUCAUACAACCAAGAAAAACUGGCAAAUGUAUAUCAUAAUUAUUAUACUCUCUCCCAUUCUUCGUAAACUGCGCAAAACUAACAUCAAAGGUACAUUAUACCCACAAACUAAGGCAACACACAUCAAAAAUACUAAACCUGUAACACCGUCAUUUUCGACCAAAGUUGCUUCAAUGUCAUUUGUUACUAAAAAUACAGUAUUAUCUAAAAUUGCAUAUUUCUUAACUGCUGUAGUGAAGUAAAACAUUCAUUGAUUUACCUUCGGUUUAUGAAUGUUUUAGCCAAAUUUCCAUUUAUACAAUUCAGUCCUUACAGAAUAGCAUAUAAUAUCAAGUAGCAUGUACAUUCUCUAUAUACACGGGCGAAAAAUCUACCGAUUAAACGUUUUCUUACAAAUCUAGAAUGUUUUUAGUUGAAUAAAAAGGAAGAAAUGUAUAGUGUCCAAUGAAUGUAAAUUGUACAAAUUAUCAAAAUAUAUUGGAUCUUUUUGUAAAUUUAUUCCCUACAAUAAACUUACACACUUCAACUGAACCAGACUACAUGUAUAUGUUGUUUGUUUCUCGUGAAUUCACGCAGAGAAAGAUAUCACUGGUUUACCGUUCAACAAGGUCUUAUUAUUUUCUAUCUAGAAUUACUCAAGCCAAACCUAGCCCACAAAGAAUCAAAUUAAUUCCAAAACACAAAGUAAUUAAAAUAACCAAUAAUUGGUACACGAAACUAAUCGACUGGUUGAAUACAUCUUCUACCAGUUAUUGGCCGUUUUGAAUCAUUUUGAUUGUUAUAACUAAUCCUUUUUAUUUGUAUAUAAAAAUGUCACACAAUCCCGUCGUAAGAUCUAUCUCAGACUUGGACAGAUAUGAUAUCCCCCUUCUAAUAUUUGUACGAAAAUACUCCGAUAUACAUCUUUCAUUUUGGCAUCCCUUUGAGUACGUGCUCUACUUCCAAAACUGCAAUAUAAAUCUAUAUUAGAAAAUUGAUGCGUUUUCUGUGACAGCUGCUUAAGUGACUUCAGGAAAACUAACCAUGCUAACUUGUAAAGAUUAAACCAUUUCUUUUUCAAAAAGCAUCUCCAAAGUGCAUACCAAACAAAGUAAGGUACAGUGCAGUGAUGUGAGCACGUAUAGCGACUUCCCAUCCUUGAACAGCAGAAAUGGGCCGUUUCGUUUUGCCCUUUUUCCUCAGUCAACACAAAAGCACGCAUAACCUUGCCUAUUAACGAGCAAAUCUACAACAUUGUCUACAUUCUGCAAAACGCUACACACAAUAUUAAUCUCCACCUUGAUAAAUCACCGUGACCUCAAUAGACUGCAGCGGUAAAGGCCACAGUAAACAGUUAUUGCUUUAAGUCUCCAUUAGCAAGGAAAAAUUGUCCAGCGUCAUUUUAUGCCUAAUAAUAAGAAACGCUAAAAAUCUAAGCCAAAGUCCAUAAUAUAGACACGCAAACGUACAUUUUUAUGAGAGAGCGUGUACUGGAGUGGUGUUGCAAAAUAAUAUUAAUUGAUGUAGCGAUGAUGAAUCACACAAAGUUCCAAGUGUUGCCGUAUGCACAUUAGUUGAAACGUACUUGACCCUCUACAACCCCACGCGUUUUACAGUUUUGCAACCAGCUAGAGCAAUAAACCUAGAUACGCUGUGUAGCCACUGUUUCAUACAGUCAGUCUAACCAUGGAGGAAGGAGGGGAACCUACAGUGUUCAUGAUAUACGACCUACUACAAAUGUCAACGGGCUCCAUGCAACCGGAAAUCAGCAAAUAAUUGUAUUUCACUGUACUUCAUUGUUAGCCUACAAAAUGAAACUGUGUACACUGUACACGUUUUUUUUUUCGCUGAGCUGUGAAUUACGACAAUAUUCACGGAUCUAAAAAAAUACGAUUCCCUCUUAUAAGCCGCCAUUACAUUUGAUAAAAACAGUAAAACUUAGGUGUUCAGGGUUAAAUGGCUGCAACCCGUCAAAAUUGUUAAAACUAGAUACACUUUUACUUACGGCAAUUUAUAGGAAAAUUUAGGAUGAACACGAAUCUACUCAAGAACUCUUAUGAUAAAGCCGUGCGUUUUCCGCAGCGACUAGAUUUCCAGUAAAUUUAGAAAAACUAGAGAAAUCAGUCAAAACUCAGAACACAGCUGAACUAAUCAAAACUACAUCGAUUACAACUAAAGCAAAUCUAGUUAGUUUUCACCGUUUAAAUGUUUUCUGAAACUUACACUCCAAAACCAAACACAAACAAUUUUACCAAGCUUUAAAAGCUUUGAAACAGUACAUUUUGAUCUCGACGAAACAAAACUAGUCAGAUCAUUCGUUAACACAUACCACCUCCCCCCCCCAAAUGCAAAAACCUGUUAGAAGGACAAGAUGGAAGCAUUGCUACCAAUAAAAUGUACGCAAAUCCCUAAUUCCUAGCAAAGGCACGCUACAAUUCGUUUUCAAUUCAAAAGGCAACAUCUCCCUCUCAGAAAAAAAAACGGACGCGCAACAGUGUACGUACACAUGUACAU